GGCGAACCACGUUCGUAAUCCUAUUGAAGAAAUGAAAGCAGCUGAAGCCAGUGGAAGAUUCAGCUAUGACUCCUCCAGUAAUCAGUAUGCCGAUGAGUUUGUUCUGGGUGAACAAGUAAAAGAUGUUUCAGUGCCUCAAUUAGAGUCCCCCGCUCCCACCAGCUUAUCGGAACCCGUCUCCUCAUUUUCAGCGUCGCAGACACUUCAACCUCCCACCCCGACCCCCACCCCCUCGGCCCAGCUGAUCCGCGAGGAGGGAAGGAGGAGUUGCCCCAAACCGCAGCCGGCCCCCCUGCAGCCGACGAUGAAGAUGAUGAUCUGGAUUUGGAGCUUGAGAAUAUGAACCUCGAUGAUAUUGAUCC